AUGGUUGUUCAGUGUUUGUGUUCUGGCACCCGUUUCUACCGUGAUAGCCCAGUCCGGUUCGAGACAAUGAACGAACAUGGUAGUAAAGGCCACGAUCAAACGAUAGCGAAAAACUGGUCCGUGAGCAAGGUAGAGUGCGAAAAGGAGUACCUGGGACCUCCCACCGAGGCUUGGACGAAUGACCAGUCUCCAAAACGAACCGAUGUCGACAAAGAAAUCGACAACAGGCCGAGGCACCAUCUGUUUCCAUCUUUCGACUUUUUCAUACAAACUACCUCUCCUAAACAACUGGCAAGUGAUCCAAGAUACCUGUUUACUCAUGAUACACCGAAUCAAUGCCAACUCCUUCCCAAGGCCACAGAAGGCAACCAGAAGCACCGAAACAGACCUCAUAUGGCUAUCCUUUGUCAGAUCGAAACUUGUCUAGACGCACGUUUAUCACCAGCGCCCCGAACAUCGAGCUCCAUCAGCACUAUGGAACGUAACGAUGCAGCACUUCGAACCCUACACGCUUACUCAAUAGCCUGCUGA